UCUAGAGAGAGAAAGCAAUGAAGAGAGAUGAGUGAGAGUCUGUUCCUCUCUCCAGCUUUUAUGGCGUGAGACCUUACCAGUAAGCCAGUGUGUACACUACUACACCAUCACCUAUACAUACACUAUCUGUAUCAAAUCUUCUUCUUUGCAUGUCUCACCAACCUCAUUCCCAAAGAUCCAUUUUCCCAAAAACCCAAAAUGAAAUUUUGAUCAUCACCCUCAUCAUCAUUUCAUCUCCAAAUCAAAACCCACAUCUUCAAUCUGAAUCUUGAUGGUAAAAAAGGGGGUUAUUCAUAUGGGUUUUCUGUUUCUAGUGUUUCUUGAUCAUUUUCUUGAUGUGGGUGCUUUAAAUGUUUAAUCUUUAUUGUCUUUAUUUUGUCAUUUUCAAGGUUUCUUGAUUCCCCUGUUUCUUGUUAAUUAUCUUAUUGAUGAUGGUUAAGAACAUGAAGGAGGAUGAUGAACUUGAAAUGUUGUUGGGUGAGAUCCCACAUGCAACAUCACUUUCCCUUCAUCAUCAUCUUGUAAAUGGUAAUCAUUAUGGUAUGGGUAAUGCCUCUGUUGUUAAUAGGAUGUUGUAUGGUAUGUAUGAUGAUGAUGUUUCAUGUGGUUACAGUCAACAUACAUAUGAUGAAAAUUUUAUUCAUCAGUUUGGUAGAAUGUGUAUUAAUCAGGAUCAAAAUCAGGGUUUAAUUUGUCAUAAUCAAAUCAAUCCAACUUUGUUUGGGGAUUUUGAUUAUCUUGAAGCUAACCCUCAUUUUUCAAGAAUUCCUAUGAAUGUGUUAAAUUAUGGUUAUCAACCGGGGGUUAGAGCGCAAAUUGGGAUUAAUUCAAUGGAUGAAAUGAUGCAAAAUGUACCUUAUAUGCUCCCUACAAAGGCUAAGAUUUACCCGAACUAUGACCCUUAUCGGUUCCACUUAGCAGCCGGUGGUUCGUCAAAUAUUCGAAUCCCUCGUGGGGGGUUCGGGUUCGGGCGUGGAAUCGAGGGUUUAGCCACUUGUGAGGAUAGUCUGAUUAUUCAAGGCGAAGAUGUACGUCGAGUUAGAAAAAAGUUUGUGAGACCUUGUGAAAAUGGUCAAACUUGUUCUUCUCUUUUGAUCCAAGCUCAACGGUAUAUACUUGCGAUGGCUAAAGAUCAACACGGGUGUCGUCUUCUACAAAAGAUUUUCGAUGAUGGGAACCCUCAAAAUGUACAAAUCGUGUUUGAUGAGAUUAUCGGGCAUGUAGUCGAGCUUAUGAUCAACCCUUUUGGGAAUUACCUUAUGCAGAAACUUUUGGAAGUGUGUAAUGAAGAACAAAGAAUGCAUAUUUUGACCGCGGUUACACGAGAACCAAUGGAACUCGUUCAAAUUUCAUUGAAUACUCAUGGAACUAGAGUGGUACAGAAGCUUAUCGAGACUCUCAAGACUAGUCAACAAGUUAAGCUUGUAAGAUCCGCUAUUGAACCGGGAUUUCUUGCUCUUAUAAAGGAUCUCAACGGUAAUCAUGUCAUUCAGCGUUGCUUGCAUUGCCUCAGUAAUGAAGAUAAUAAGUUCAUCUUCGAAGCUGCUGCAAAAUUCUGUGUCGAAAUUGCCACCCAUCAACACGGGUGCUGUGUGUUGCAAAGAUGCAUUAAUUACUCGACUGGCGAGUAUCGUGAAAAAUUAGUCUUGGAAAUUUCAAGAAACGGUCUCCUCCUUGCGCAAGACGCAUUCGGAAAUUAUGUGGUGCAGUACAUUCUCGAGCUGCAGAUUCCUUCGGCUGUGUCGAAGCUCACCUCUCAGUUUAAGGGUAACUAUGUGCAGCUCGCGACGCAAAAAUUCAGCAGCCAUGUGGUAGAGAAAUGUUUAGCUGUAUUAGACGGUCAAAUCAGGUCAACCAUCGUUCAUGAACUGAUCUCGGCCACUCAUUUCGAACAGCUGCUUCAAGAUCCACACGCAAACUAUGUUGUUCAAACUGCUCUUCGUGUUACUGAGGGGGCGCUUCAUAACUCGUUGGUGAAUGUGAUCGAAUCCCACAAGGCAAUCUCACGAAACAGCCCGUAUUCGAAGAGGAUUUUCUCGCACAAGCUCUUGAAGAUGUGAUUGUAUGAUUGUAGUGUUGUUGUGUGUAUAAGGGCCGGUUUGUUUAAGAUAAUACUGGUGUGAUCAAUAACAGGAUUUUGUGUCGAGAUCUCGGUCCAGGGGUCAUAAUUAGAGAGGAAAAGCAAAUUUUGGGUUCAAGUUGCUUGAAAGUCAUGACAAUGUUGAUGUGGUUUCACUUAUGUUGUCUCUUGGAUCUUUCACUCUUCAUUUUGAAGCUUUGUUCAUGAUUUUUCUUGGUGUAAAGCAAAAUAGAUUGGGUUUAAACAACUCAUUUUGUUCAAAA